GUCAAACAUGGUUCAGAAUACUGGUUUGAAACCCAUGUUGUAUGGUCUUUUCAAUGUUAUCACAUAAAAUAACAAUUGAAUCAAUUAUUUUGUUAGUUAGCAAGCAGAUUGUAAUAACAGCGUCAAGACAACAAGGACAUUAUUACAAGGAAGUUUUCUUAUGUUGGUGAGCACAGAGCAAGAAGGUGGCUGAUGGAUACAUUUGUGAGUCAAACCAGGAAGCGCUAUAUUGAUGGGACAACAGAUGAACAGAGAGAUCCUGUGUGGAAAAAAUGUAAAGAGGAAGAAUGCAAUCAGGGGAUUGUAAAGGAGGAUGUGAAGGAGGAUGCCUAUUUGACCGAGUUCUCUCAGUCUUGGCAGAAGAUUGAAGCAGAGGGACUGGACUGUGACUAUGCUCUACUCUUUCCUAAAGAGGAAGCAGACUGCCUCUACACACAGCUGGAGGAGGAGGUAGUCUACCUCACAGGAGAUAAAACAAAGAUUCAGGUGUUUGGGAAGGUUUACAAUGUCCCCAGAAAGCAGGCGUCUUGUGGGGACGCAGGACUAACCUACACCUAUUCUGGAGUGAGUCUUCAGGCUAGCCCGUGGACUCCAACCUUGGAGUACAUUCGUGAUGCUGUUACAAAGGCAACAGGGCAAACCUUCAACUUCGUCCUGAUUAACAGGUACAAAGAUGGACAUGAUCACAUGGGUGAGCACCGUGAUGAUGAGCGGGAACUGGACCCCCUCUGUCCCAUCGCCUCCGUAUCCCUGGGGGCGGUCCGGGACUUUGUUUUCAGACACCGGGAUUCACGGGGAAAACAGUGCCGACGGCAGAUCAACCCGGUGAAGCUUGAACUGGCCCACGGAAGCCUGCUCCUCAUGAACUCUCCCACAAACACCCACUGGUACCACUGCCUGCCAGCCCGCAAGAGGGUCCUCACACCCCGCAUCAACCUUACCUUCAGACGCAUCCUCCAAGAUGGCAAGAAAUGAGGGUCAGACAUGGUCCGUUGGAAGUCUCACUUCAUUGUGGCUGACGUCAGGGGACGUACUGUCCCCACUGCAAUAUUGAUUCAACUAGUUUCUGAAUUUGUUCAUGGUCCAAUUCAUAAAUCAGUCGUGGUAACUCUUUA